AUGCCGCAUCUGGCUACCCGCCGUGCAAGGCAUAUCGGCGCAGUCGUCAAGCCUGACCCGGAACCAAUCCCGCCUCCGGGCAACGCCAGCGACUACGGGACGCUUGGCGAUGAGCUCCCGGGUUCAGCGCGGUAUGGCCGUGGAGAUCGAUCCAACGCUCCUGCGCCUAGCGAGCGCACCGUAGAGUCAGAUCCCGUCUUCAGAGAAGUCAGGGCGAAAAACAACCCAGCAGCUACGAGUGUGCCAGCUGCGGGAAGCCCCAAGAACAUGGAUGAGAGCUUCUUCCACACGUCCUUCCAGGACAUUGGCAAGAAGCUCAAAGCCUGCAACGACACCCUCGGAGAGCUCCAGCAGCUUGGCGUGUCCCACGACGUGCAGCUGCCCGAGCUCGUCCUUGUUGGCGACCAGUCGGCAGGCAAAUCGAGUCUCAUGUCAGGCCUGGCCAACCUGGAUCUGCCACGCAGCGAGGGCGCCUGCACUCGAUGUCCUCUGCACAUUCGCGUUUCCCGCAAUGCCGAAUGGUCGUGUCGCGUCUGGCUGCGCAAGGAGUAUGUGUACGAGCCUCCUCCUCGCCCCAUACACGAGUCGGAUGUCACGGCUCACGACCCCUUUUUCCCCUGGAAAAAGCGACCCAGUACGUUGGUCCUCGAGUUCAAGACGAUGCACGACAAAUCCGAAAUCGAAGAAGUCCUGCGCUGGGCCCAGAUUGCCAUUUUGAACGAUGACAAGCACCACGGUCUCUUCGUCCCAGGGCGAGGCUCCAUCGCUUCCAAUGUUCCCAUCGACAAGGCAGCAGAGGAGCCGCAGGCAAAAUUCUCGCCCAAUAUUGUGGCUCUGGAAAUCAAGGGUCCCGACCUGCCGGACCUAUCAUUCUACGACAUGCCUGGCAUCUUCCAGAAUCCCGCCGACGCCAACGACGAAUACUUGGUCAAUGUGGUCCGAAACCUCUCGAGCGCCUACAUCCAGCACCCCUCCGCCAUUAUAAUCUGCGCCAUGCCCAUGAACAGCGACGCAGAAAACUCGGCGACUUUUGGCCUCACUCGAAAGCUGAAAGCCAAGGACCGGACCAUAGGUGUGCUUACCAAGGCUGAUCUCUUGCCAGACGGCGGAAACCACGCUCAAUGGCUUGAGAUCAUGAAGGGACAAGCCCACUCGACGGGGCUGGGAUACUUUAUCACUUCUCGUCCCCAGGGUAAAGAUUUAGAAGAGUUGAAGAAGUGGGAGGAAAGAAUGUUUGAGGACGAGUCGGUCGAUAAAUGGCCAGAAGCUUUUCAUGAGUUUGUCCACCGCUGUGGCGUGGAGAGACUCAAGGCUUUUCUUUCGGAGCGACUUGGCGAGGAAUUCGCCAAGAGUCUCCCUAACAUCAAGCACAAAGUCAAGUUGAACCUCGACAAGGUCAACAGGCAGCUUGCCAACCUCCCCGAACUCCCGCACAAUGUGGAACUGGAGAUACAGACGUGCCUCAACAGCUUUGCGGAUAGUGCCCGGAUCAAGAUUGACGAAUUCGCAGCUCGUAUCAACAGCUUGCCCGCCAACUUUCGAGAUUGCCUCCUGGAAAUCAAGCCCAAAUUCGUUCUCAAAGAUCGAAGUGAUAUUCCAGUCAUUGCACUAAGCGAUGACGAGUCCGAUGCGGCGUCCGUCGCAACAACGAGCGCUGCCACCCCGUCCAAACGACGACAGCCGACAGCGCAGGCCACUCCAUCCAAGCGAUCCAGGACCGACUAUUCAGCCGCCGGGCCAUCAAAUACGGUCAAGCCAGAGGACGCCGGCAACAGCAUCAAUGGUAACAGUUUCGGCCCUCAGCAGCCUCUGCCUCCCGCACAUAGGCAGGGGCUCGCUGAGCCUUUUGGUGAAUUUUGGGAGGUCGGACGAGGCUUCCGGACGCUUCGCCAAGUGAGGGAGGAGAUACGGGCCAAGAUGAAAGCCGGCAUGCCCAGUAUCAUCCCUCCUGACGUCUACAAUGACUUGGCCAUGGAGGCCAUCAGGCCGUGGAAAGGACCUACUAGUGUCUACCUACGAGAGGUGAUACGUCAGCUGUCAGCCGAGCUCGAUUCAGCCCUGAAUGAGUCGUUUGAAAACCUGAAGAAGCGAUACAUUUACCCCGAGGCCAAACGACACCUCAAAAGCUGUCUGGACAAGCACUGGGACACGACGCAAAAGGCACUCGAAGAGCUCUACAGUGGCGAGGCAGAGAGAGUCAUGACGUAUAACACGGAAGCCUUUGACCAGUGCCUCAAGAGCGAACGAGCGGUGCUGGCUCGAUUCCGCCACUACAUGAGAAUGGUGGCAGCUGGCUACAAGCAGAAGCCUCUCGCGCCGUGGGAGGCCAUGACGGAGGAGAUGCAGAUGCAGGAGGUCAAGCGACGGGAGUCGGAGCAGGCCCGGCUCAAUCCGGACGAAUUCGAGCGAGAGGUCGAGGUUGUCGCGUACGUUAGAGGGUACUAUAAGCUCGCCGCCUUACGAUACUCGGAUGCCGUGACGCAGCGCAUCGUCUGCCGCAUGAUCCCCGCGAUUCGAAGAGAGCUGCGCAACUAUCUGGACGACAAGCUGGGCGUGCGCGGGCCGGACGCUAUGAGAGUUUAUGAGAAGCUGAUGGACGAGGACGCGGCGACGGCGAGCAAGCGCGCAAUGCUCAAGCUGGAGCAAGCCAAAUUCAUACAGGCGCUGCAGAGCAUCGAGGACCUCGAGUCGGGCAAGCUGUCGGACACUGCCAGCAUCGUUGAGAGCAACGGCUUCCAGGCCGAACCGGUGUUGAGGCGACGCGAAUCGGAUGUGACGAUGGAGAAUGAAAUUCGCUACGAUGAAGCAUAG